CACCCCCGGGCCUCAUCGGCGAAGGGGCCUGCCUAGGGGCAGCGGGCUGAGGAAGGAGAGGCGGGGGCGGGAGGGAGGCCGGCCCCUCGCCUCACCUGAGGGACCGCUGUCCCCUGCGGCGGGAAGCGCUGCCCUGAAGGACACGGCGGGGCUGUCACCCGUGGGCUCCACGCUGUGGCGGUAGGAAGGGGUUGAUGCGCCCCGCACACAGGCCGGUAAAGCACAUAGGCCUUCGAAGAGAAGGGUUCAGCCCUCGCUGGUGGCUCCUUACUGCAGACGGGACUCUCCAGCCCGCUGAGGCGAUGGAGCCGGAGCUGGCACAGCGGCCCACGGGACGCGUUUGUGGGCCGUGGUGUCAGCCCGGAGGCCGGAUCCACACGGUGUCAAACCCAGCGAUCCGAUCCGUCUGGCAGCUAGGAGAGAGCUGUUCGGGGGGAAGGGGGAAGGAGAGAUCUGCUGUCCUCGCAGCAGCUUGUGUGCAAGAGCUUGUCAUGCAGCAUUUGAAUCGCUGUUAUCAAACAUAUGUGAGUGAAGAGACACUUCUGAAUCUGCAUGGAAUGGUGAGUCAGUGUAAAGACAGAAGAACUACACAGACAUCAGGAAAUCAGUUCUCCACUCUUCCUCAGGAUGCCUGACCCAGGUAUUUUCUCCCCUGUACUCGGCAAGUUACCAGUUUCAAGAUCUUGUUCAGUCCUCUGAAGCAGAUUUCUGCUGCAUGCCUUGGAUACAUGCUCCUAAUCAGCUUACGAGCUUUCCUUGACCUACGCUUCUUUUCCUGACGUUGAUCUGACUAUGGCUGUCCUCAAAGUAAAAUUCACCAAAACUAGAAGGGACAAAUUGGCUCAGAUCUUAUGGAUCCUCAACUGGGUUUCUGUUGUGAGUGGGAUAAUUCUCUUCAGCCUUGGCCUCUUUCUGAAAAUAGAGAUCAAGAAACGCAACGAAGUGAUGGCAAAAGGGGACAUUAACUCUGUCCCCAACAUGUUGAUCUCUGUAGGGGUCAUAGCAUGUAUCAUCAACUUUCUGGGUGGCAAAAUCUGCUACGACUGCUCAGAUGCCAACAAGUUCUCUCGGUGGAAACUAGUUAUGCUCCCAUACAUCGUAUGUACCUUCUGUUUUACCUUCUGCAUCCUGGUGGGUGCUCUCAUGUGCUAUACCAUGAGGAACGAGCUGGAAGAGUCUCUCUAUCUGGGACUGAGGGAUGCUAUGAAGUUCUAUAAGGACACGGACAUACCUGGACGAUGCUUCUUAAAGAAAACAGUGGAUCUGUUACAAAUUGGAUUCCAAUGCUGUGGAAACAAUGGCUUUAGAGACUGGUUUGAAAUUCAGUGGGUGUCUCCUCGUUAUCUGAAUAUGGCUUCCAAGGAAGUUCUGGAGUAA